AUGAGCGACUUGGACAGGUUCAAGGAGGUGAUUGCGAGGCCCUACAGGGACCAGGCCGUGUUCUUCCUGAACGCCUUCUGGAACGAGCACAAGGGCGACGCCGAGCAGCUGUGGAAGUACGUCGCCAAGAUGGUGGAGCUCGACCAGGACCGCAAGGCCGAGGGCUCCGAUCUCGAUGAGUUCAACGCCCACCGCUUCCUCGAGUUCUGGCAGGAGACCGCCACCGUGGUCAAGCUCCGCGAGCUGCUGCGCGAUCUGGGCCUCGACCGCAAGAAGCGGAUGAGCCUCAUCGAGUACCUGGUCGUCAAGUACCGCGUCACGGUGCGCGAGCUCGUCACCCGCCCGCAGGGCUCCAACGAGGAGCUGGCCCGCGCGCAGGCCGCCCUGAAGGCCGUCCAGGACGAGAUCAACAAGAUUGAGACCCGCAAGGCCCAGCUCGAGGCCGCGGCGGCCGGUGCCAGCGGCAUCAAGGCCAUGCAGGCCAAGAACGAGCUGGCCCAGCUCCUGUCGGCCGAUCAGACCGACCUCAACCGCGCCGUACUCACGGCCGAGGCCGCUGUCCGCAAGGCCCAGAGGCUCGGCGGCGACGCUCACGGUGCUCUGUGGUGGAUUGAGCGCGAGCUUACCGAGAUGAAGAAGUACAAGCCCCAGAAGAGCGGCGGCAUUGGCCGAGGCUAA